AUAAAUAUAGGUGUCUACGAAUAAAGAGUCUCAGUUCAAAACAAAAUUCUGUCAAGUGAGGUCGUAAAGUUUCGCGCACAUCAAAAAAUGAAGCUUCUUAUUUUUGUGAUAAGUUUUUUUAUUGUUGCUGCGCAUUCGCAGCCAAGAAGUAUGGACUGGAAAGGAUGCAUGGAGGAAAUUGGAGUGAGCAAAGAUGACGUUAAGUCAACUGAGUGGGGUGAUCCUAAAUCAAGAUGCGUUCUUGCUUGCACGUUUAAAAAAGUGGGAGUAAUCAACGAUGGCAAAGUGGUUUUUGACGUGGCAUUUGAUAUAACCAAAGGAGAAGCCCAAGAUUCUUCACAUGACAAAUAUAUCGAAGAAAAAGUAAAUAGCUGCAUUGAAAAAGCACACCAAGAAACAAAUGAAUGUGAUGUAUCGUAUGUCUUUAUGGAAUGCAUGAAGACUAAUAAUAACACUGCAAAAAUGGCAAAUGGAACCAUGUCAAUAUAAAAUACUAUCUAUCCGCGUAAUUUUGAUGUUAAAAUAAAUCCCAGGUUUUUGUAUGCACCCCGAUAAUUGAAGUCGAAGCUAUAAGUUUAUUAAAAAAUAAUAUUUUCGCACUUAA